GGGGAUGUAGGUGUGUAGUGUCACACAUGGGACCUAAAUCCAGCAUCAAGACUUAUGAGAUUGAAGAGUCCAGACCUGGAUCUCCACACUGGGUCCCGUUUUCUUCCCUAGAGUGUGCUGGGGAGCCAUGGGAGAGUUGUGAGCUGGGAAGGAACAGAUAGCCUCUGGUAUCUUGAGGCAGGAGAAUGACUGAGGUUAUUAGAGGUGCAGCAGAGAGGGGAGAUACACACGUGUGUGUGGAACUGCCUUCAUCCCCCACUAAUUGCUACCAGCUGUGCACAGAGGGAUGCACCACUGGAGGAGCCCAGUUCUUUGCAGUGUCCUCAGGCUGGAGACUCAGGGGACAUACAUGGUGAGAAAGCCUCUUGCGGUGAUGCCUGUGUGGGCUUGAACCCCAGCUCUGACGGCUGUCAGUGGAAUGACCUUCAGUGUUCCGACAUGGCGACCGGGCUCCACUGGCCUCCUACCCCACAGAUCCACACAAGGAAGCUGCCUCCACCUUGUGGCCUCGAGGUUUGGGCCAACUGACUAAGGAGGGCAUCCGCCAGCAGCUGGAACUGGGCCGAUUUCUGAGGAGGCGUUACAAGGCCUUCCUGAGCCCUGAGUACAGGCGCGAAGAGGUGUACAUCCGCAGCACAGACUUUGACCGGACAUUGGAGAGUGCACAGGCCAACCUGGCUGGGCUCUUCCCCGAGGCUGCCCCUGGAAGUCCUGAGGCUGACUGGAAGCCCAUUCCAGUGCACACAGUGCCUGUGUCUGAGGACAAGUUGCUGAGGUUCCCCAUGCGCAGCUGCCCUCGAUACCAUGAGCUGUUGCGGGAGUCCACAGAGGCAGCUGACUACCAGGAGGCCCUGGAGGGCUGGACAGACUUCCUGACCCGCCUGGGCAACUUCACUGGGCUGUCCCUGGUUGGAGAGCCACUCCGCAGAGCAUGGAAAGUUCUGGAUACCUUGAUCUGUCAGCGUGCCCAUGGUCUUGCUCUUCCCUCCUGGGCCUCCCCAGAUGUCUUGAGGACUCUGUCACAGAUUUCCGCUCUGGAUAUCAGGGCACAUGUGGGCCCACCCCGAGCAGCAGAAAAGGCCCAGCUGACAGGGGGGAUUCUGCUGGAUGCCAUCCUCAGCAACUUCUCGCGGGCUCAGCGCCUGGGGCUGCCCCUCAAGAUGGUCAUGUAUUCAGCUCAUGACAGCACCCUGCUGGCCCUCCAGGGGGCUCUGGGCCUCUACGAUGGGAACACCCCACCUUAUGCUGCCUGCAUGGCCUUUGAAUUCCGGGGGAGCUCCAGGGAACCUGAGGAGGAAGAUGGAGAGAAUGUCACUGUCUCUCUCAUCUACCGCAAUGACACCUCUCGCCCACCCCUGCCACUCAGGGUCCCUGGGUGCCCAGCUCCCUGUCCACUUGGGCGCUUCCAGCAGCUGACUGCUCCAGCCCGGCCUCCAGCUCACGGGGCCCCCUGCCAUGGUUCUUAUGAGCCUGCCAGCCCCCCAGACCGCUGGAGUAUCCUCUGGAAACAGGCCAAAGGUGGGCAAGUGCGCCUGUGCCUCACCUGCCCUGGACCCAGCUCAUCACCCAGAUUCUACCCACGCCGGAACCGAAUCAAACAGCACACCCCACAGAGGGCAAUGAUCCAGCCAUUUAAUAGGAACUCACGAAGGCAAAAGUUCCAGGGCUGCCCACCUCACCCCUCCACUAAAUCCAGAUCUACAUUGGCCAGGGGCCAUCUGUGCAGCCAGGGAGACCAGACCCAGCUGGAAGGUGCUUCAAGAGGGAAGGGUAUGGUUAAAAGAAAAUGGGGACAGGGUCCCCAAAGCAAAGUCUUUACAAAAGGGGGUUCUCCUCCCCACAAAAAAGUGUCACAUAAGCUCAAAAUAAAAUAUAAAGUAAAAAUGCUGCAUUAGAAAAGUUUGCAAUGUUAAGCCUUUACAAUAGGAGACUGGCCCUCAAGUGUCAAACAUCCAGUAUAAGUCCAUGGAAGUGCGGCCUAUACCUAAAAUCUAUGUAAGUGUUGCAUUGAAAAAGUAAAAAAUUCAAGAUGG